AUGCUGCCGACAACCGCCACGGCGGCCUCCGCGCCACCGCCGCCGCCCGCGGCCGGCCCCGCCUCCUCCCCGGGCGAGCCGCACGCCGCGCUCCUCCUGACUCUGGGCUACAUGCGGCUGCGGGAGCUGCUGGCCUGCGCGCGCGCGUGCCGCGGCCUCCGCGAGGCCGUCGCGGGGGACCCGCUCCUCUGGCUGCGCCUCGUCGUGGAGCCGCCGCUCAGCCACCGGAUCACGGACGAGGCGCUCCUCGCGUUGACGGACAGGGCGCAGGGGAGGCUCCGGUCACUCCACCUCCUCGGGUGCCCCCGCGUAUCCGACGCCGGCCUGCUGCGCAUCGUCGAGCGCAACCCCGACGUCACCGAGCUCUUUGUGCCCAGAUGCACAGGAUUAACAGCUGAUGGUCUGGUGAAAAUUAUUCAUUUUUUGCAUGGGCACAAAGGAAAUCUAAGUCGUGUUCGACUACAUGGUAUCUGCAAGAUGACUAACCACCAUCUCGAUGUUAUCAAGUCUCUCGUGUGCAGAGGUAGCCAACAGCAAGAUGCUCAAGCACUUUACUACAACCAUAGAGUCCAUGAAGUGCUGAACACGGACGACGGUCGCCCUAUUGAUGUAGAUGUGUGCCCUUUGUGCAGAAAUGUGAGACUCGUGUUUGAUUGUACAAGGAAGAACUGCAGGGAAGUGAAGGAUGGUCGGUCCCAAUGCCGAGCUUGCUUCUUUUGUGUUGCUAGAUGUGAAACUUGUGGUGGGUGCAUCGACCUGGAGGAGCUCGGUGAGUCUGGACUAGCCUGCUCUGACUUUCUGUGCAUGGAUUGCUGGCUCAAGCUCCCAAAAUGCUGCACAUGCAACCGUCCCUACUGCGAGAGGCAUUCAAAUUUAAAAGAGAAUCUAUCAGCGUCUGGCGAGUUCACCUGUCAGGAGUGUACAGCGUUUGCUACCUCACUCAAAAGUCUGGGAGAAGGUUACUAG